CAUGUCAAUUUUUGACGAAUUUUUUUGAUCUGUGUGUAAAAUUUGUUGCUUCACGUCAGCCAGUCGGCUGUAUUUUAAUUAUUUUUUCAAAACAGUGUAGUGUUUUUAUUGUUUUUCAUUUACAAAUAUAUUUCGAAGAAAAUUAUGGAAUUUAUAGCUUCCGAAAAGGGGGACUCAACUGAAAAUCGGGAUCCAAAUUCUUUAAUAUCCAAUGGAACAUCGAAAACUGCGACAGACAACAAGCCAAAUGUGGACAGUGAGAAAGCGCACAUGGAGGCUCCCGCAAGCGUCCCUUGCACCUCGGAGCCUGCAGAUGAGUCUGAAGAGUGUGAGAUUCCAGAACAGGUCGAAUUUACUGUAGUUUUUAACAAAACGAAACAUGACAUCACUUUUGCUUACGAUGCGACAGUGUUAGAUUUAAAAGCGCAUUUGGAAAGGAUAUGUGGAGUGCCGCAGUCAGCUCAGAAGUUAAUAAUCAAGGGUAUGGCUAAAGACAACGUUACGCUCAGGCAGGCGGGAAUUGUCAAAGGAGGAAAAGUUAUGUUAGUUGGAUCAAAAAUGGAUGAUAUCCUCGCAAUGAAGACAGCACCCAAGGAAGUAUUAGAAGAAAAAGCCAGUAGCCAGUCAAGUAAAGAACCACUAUGCAUGCAAAAAAUUCACAGGAAAGUUUUGGAUAAAGGCAUCCCUCCCGAUGUGAUGCCCGGACUCAAAGGAGUCAAGGAACCACUGCCCCCAGUGCCGCUAAGUGGGAUGUUAAAUAAACACGGUGGAAAAGUAAGGCUCACAUUUAAGCCAGAGCAAGAUCAACUUUGGCUUGGUACAAAGGAACGCACAGAAAAACUUGCCAUGACAUCCAUUAAAAGCAUCACAUCUGAACCAAUCAAAGAUCAUGAAGAAUAUCAUAUAAUGGGUCUCCAACUAGGCCCAACAGAGGCUUCCAGAUAUUGGGUGUACUGGGUUCCAGCCCAAUACAUAGAAGCUAUAAAAGAUGCCGUACUUGGCGUCUGGCAAUUCUUCUAAAUGUCCUCUCAUUCUCGUUGCUAUAUCUACCUUCCCGUGGGUUCGGCGCAUAAAGUAGAUAUUCGCAAAACGUCUUAUUUCAAAUAUAAUUCGGGAAAUGCUAUCAUAGAUAUGCUAUGAAUUAAUUUAAUGUCAAUGAUCGGUAGCUGACUCAAUAUAUACUGUUUUCAAAACUGUGAACUAUGCAUCUCCUUGAUCCGCACGAAUAUCUGGGCAAUGAUAUUUAUGCUUUGUAAAAUAAUGUCCAAUUUUGCUUGUUACUCUAAUUUUACAACUUGACCGUGGUACAUAGCAGCUUUUCUAUGUAAAUUUGUGGAGCUUUAGUAAUGCGUGCUUUUGCGCCCGAACCUUCCCGCGAGCUAUUGGGUAGUUGCAAUAACGAUUUUUCAAAAUUUAUAUGGUGUCCAUUUCUUACAGGUACAAUAUAAUGGUACCAUUUCUUUUGUGAUAACACUAUGCCAUGUGUCAAUUAAAAUUGUCCAUUUGAAUACUGGCAUCUAUCUGGUCAAAUGUGAAAUUAUUUAUUGUUAUUGUAAGUUUGCAUUUUGUGCAUUUAGGUUCAGUGAGCUGUACAAUGCUAGUAUACAAUUUGACGGUUUAAUACAGAAUGUUUAUUAUAGGAACAGUUGUCAAAAUUAUCCCAACUUAAGUAAGUUGAGAUAAUUUUUUGGUAAGUACCAAUUAUGAUACACAUUCUGUAUCAGACUCUAUUCUAAGGAUUCCAGGAUUAAUCCUGAUGAGCUUAUUGUCCUUUCAAGUUUCAAACCUGAUCUCUUUAUGUGAACUUUACAAUACAAGUCACUGAGUGGAGGAUUGGACAGAAUCACCUGCGCAAAAUUGACUGUCAAAUAUUUCUAUUGAUGUUUAGUGUAACUUGUGAUGAUUGUAGUGGUUUUAAAAUUAUUAUGUAUUUAAAUUAUGCAAGUUGGUAUUGACGCCAAUCCUUCACUGAAUACUUUCGAUCUAGAAUUAGAAAAUAUAAUGUUUUAAACAGAC